GCCGUCAUUUUUGCAUGGCCAAAUAGAGCAAAGUUGGCGUGUUUUGAUUUCGAAGAAACGCCAAAUGAUUUUCUUACACGUUUUUUUUUUGUUUUUUUGUAUACAACAAGGAACACGCGUCGUCUAAAUUGUGCGCUCGUCGCUUCCAUUUGCAACAAACCUGCGUUUUGGUCGUCAGCUGAAUCACUGCUUUCCUGAAGUUGAGUUUGGAGUCGGUGCUGCCCAUUGUCGAUGGUCUAGCUUUAAAUAAAUGAUGAUAAGAAGAGUGGCGCCGACGCCGCUGAGGAUCCUGGUAAUCUCCCCUCCGUUCUUUCGCUUGUCAACCAGGGAAGAAGGGGGCGGGGUUCCGUUUCGCUGUUUUCUCAAGGCAUUGGUUGGUCGCUUCCGGGUUUAGGAUGACGUCAACACGCGUACUGUGACACUUGUUUUGAGAUUUUCCCUGGUUAUUACUGUUUUAUUUGUUUAUUUUUCAAUCCGGUUUUAUUGAAAACGUCUUUAUAACGAUAUUUUCUUUUAAACUGAUGGGAUUAAUACAAUCUAAAUGAUUAGGAAUUGCAGCAUUACUGCGGCUGUUGAUAGCUCUCCAUUCGUUCCACGCACUUCUGAGGUUGCGUUCAAGUACAUCCGCUAGGUGCCAAAAUCUCUCAUGGCAUGACACUCCUCUUGCAUGAUAGCACUUUUAAACAACACAAUUCCCAAUAGCAAUGUAAUUAACAGUUCUAUUGACCACGUUUCAAAGUAUUCUUAUUUGACUUGUCCAAAAUACGGGACACCAAAUUAGGUAAGCUUGCUAAUAGCUGUCAAGUGCAAGCCAUCUGCUCGCAAGUUUAUUGGAAGUGGAGAGAAAUUCUCGAAGAAAUUCCUCGACCUUGAUGCAUUUAUGCUCAUCACAUGUUGACUGAAAGCAGGAAAAGGCAGCACAGUAGCAGUGAUGAGAGUGGCCACCUGGUUCCUCAAGCCAAGCGGCAGAACCGAGCACAUCCGCUCUCGCCUGAGCCAGGACGGGAUGCCUGGGACUCUGAGUCGUCCAACAGCUCCAGCAGCCUCAGCAGCCCGGAGCACGCGUCGGGCAGCCGCUGCGUCGCGGGCCCCUGCAGCCCCCUCGGCUCCGUAGUCCCAGGCGACCCGCCCGCGUCCUAUCUGCACAUCAACCGCAUCCUGAGGGAGGCGCACUUCCAGAGCCUGCACAACCGCUGCCAAGUGCAGGAGACGCAGGAGUGACCUCGCGACAGCUCCUGGUCAGGUAUCAGGGAGUGAAAAAGAAUCUGCAAUAAUUUAAGAACUGGGACCAAACUGAAAGUUUUGGAGCAAUUGCCUCGACUUGUUUAGGAUGGUUCUGAUAUCUCAGGGAGGCCGUGGGUGUGAAGAUUUCUGUCCUUUCCUCCUUGUAAUAGAUUGCAUAUCAUAAAAAAAUCCUCAGCGACUCAAUUCGGUUGGUUUCUGUUCAGUAAUGGAACAACUAGUGAAAAUGCUCAAUGUGUAUCUGAAGACAAAGCUCAGUUUUUCUUUUCGCAUUUAGUACUGUACAUCUAAACAUGACGUUGACACGCUUCUUGUAGACCACUUCAAAAUAAAAGUGUUUUUCUUUUUUUUCA